GAAAUCCUGGCUUUCGGGGCACUUGCUCACCAACGCAGCCAAAAAUUCUUUUUCAAAACUUAUGGAGAAACUUUGCGUUGUGAUGGAAGUUACUCCAAUGGACAGCAGCCGGAGUAUGACUUAUGUAGAAAAAGACUCCUUGGUUCAAAGACUGGCUCGUGGGCUCCAUAAAAUAAACGCACAGACCCUUGAAGCUGGCAUAACUGACAGGACCCCUGCUACGAAAACCAUAGCAUUCUUGCAGAAGCAGAUAUUUGAAUUUACACAAAGGCUGCACACAGCAGAAGUAGAACGGCGGUCAUUGCGCUUGGAGCUCACAGAAUUCAAACGGAAUUUGAAUGAGAUGAAGAAAGAGGCUGACAAAGCUCAUAGUUUUCAGGAGCAAUUAUAUGUGUUUAAGCAAUCUAAAUUGAUCACCCACGAGAGGUUUGAAAGUGCAUGUGAAGAACUAAAUAAUGCAUUACUCCGGGAGCAGCAGGCCCAAAUGCUUUUGAAGGAACAGGCGCAGCAGCUCCAGGAGUUGCAAUUUAAACUGGAAUUGCAUUCUUCGGAAGAGGCAGACAAAAAACAAACUCUCAGCGAUGCUGUAAAGAGUCUCUCCGAGGCAAAGAUGGAGCUGAGAAGAAAAGAUCAAUCUUUGCGUCAGCUCAAUAGACAUCUUACCCAGCUGGAGCAGGACAAGCGUCGGCUGGAAGAGAGCAUCCAUGAUGCAGAGAGUGCCCUCCGCAUGGCAGCCAAGUCAGAGAUCAGAUCUCGCUGUCAUGGACUACAGCAAGCAGGAAUGACUUCGCCCUGCAGCUGCCUAAGCUGCACCUGGAGACCUUUGCAAUGGAAGGGCUGAAAGGCGGGCCAGAGGUUAUAGCAUUCCAGGCGAUGAUUAUAAGUUUCAUAGAUGUCUAUCAGUUUGCAUGCUCCAGAGUCUCUGCAUUAGAACGAGAAAUAACAUCCCAUCGGCAUCACAUUGCAACUCUGAAAUCAGAACUCCAAACAGCUUGUCUUCGUGAAAAUGAAAGCUUACACUCAGAUUCACGAAACGCUUCAAGCAUCCUUACUGUGUCAAGCUCUUUACCCCAGCUAGAUCAAGGCUGUCUUCCAGGGUUUUUGCCACUGAAGUCCGAAUCAGAUUAUGAUCUGCCUUUUACCUUGGCACAUAAUAGAUCUCCAAUUUCAUCAUCCUUUCCUUCAAACCUGCAUGUCAUGUCUGCCAAAAGAGCAAUGCCAAAUGGAUGCUAGAAUCUAGUCAUUUUGUAAGCAGCCGAAAGAGAAUUAAUUAAAGUCCGAUUUUAUUAGGA